GCUCUCGUGUCCUUUGAGGAGGUAGCUGUCUAUUUCUCCAAGGAGGAGUGGGCUCUGUUGGAUCCUGACCAAAAAGCCCUGCACAGAGAAGUCAUGCUGGAGAAUGCAGUAAAUGUAUCUUUUCUGGAAGGAGCUAAUGGCCAGGAGGAUGAGAAUUAUAGGCCACAAUUCCAAACACUGCAGCAGGAAGAAGAAAAAGAGAAGCUGGGACAUGAAGUGGAAUCAAAAAGAAGUGAGAAGUACCAGUCAACUAAUGAGAGAAAGAGAUGUGUGACUUCCCCAUGUGGUCCAAUUCAAGGCUUUCUUGUGGAGCAAAAUCACCAAGAGAAAACAAAGAGAAGGUGUUUGGGGAAAAGAAUGAUCAUCUGCAAAGAAAAAUUUGAUUUAAACAAAUAUUACACAAAUCACACAAAGAGAGAACAGUAUCAAUGCAGAGAUGUCAAAAAGUCUUAUAGUAGGACUGUUUCUAUAGAUCAAAGCGUCAACAUGGGAGAGAAUCUGUAUAGGUGCAUGGAAUCUGGAGAAAGCUUCAGCAACAGCAGUUCCCUGAUUUCCCAUAAAAUAAAUCACAAAGUUGAGAAACCAUAUAAAUGUAUGGAAUGUGGAAAGAGUUUUAAUCAAAGGAGUAACUUGAUUUCCCAUAAAAGGAUCCACAGCAAGGAGAAACCGUAUAAAUGCACAGAGUGUGGGAAGAGCUUCAGAAAGAGCAGUUACCUUACUUGUCAUAAAAGGAUCCACACUGGGGAGAAGCCUUAUAAAUGCAUGGAGUGUGGGAAGAGCUUCAGUCAGAGUGGCCACCUGAAUCCCCAUAGAAGGAGCCAUUCAGGAGAGAAACCAUUUAAAUGCAUGGAGUGUGGAAAGAGCUUCCGUGAAAAUAGGUCCCUUACUUCCCAUAAAAUGAUCCACACAGGGGAAAAACCAUAUAAAUGUAUGGAGUGUGGAAAGAGCUUUAGUGAGAGCAGCCACCUGAUUUCCCAUAAAAGGAGCCACUCAGGAGAGAAACCAUAUAAAUGUAUGGAAUGCGGAAGGAGCUUCAUGUGGAACAGUCAACUUAUAUCUCAUAGAAGUGUUCACACAGGAGAGAAACCAUAUAAAUGUGUCGAAUGUGGGAAGAGCUUUAGUCAGAGCAGCCAUCUUAGUUCUCAUCAAAGAAUUCAUACAGGGGAGAAACCAUAUAAAUGUGUGGAAUGUGGAAAAUGCUUCAGCAACAGCAGUUCCCUUUCUUACCACAGAAGGAUCCAUACAGGAGAGAAGCCUUAUAAAUGUGUGGAAUGUGGAAAAUGUUUUAGUCAAAGCAGCAGUCUGAUUUCCCAUAAAAGAAUUCACACAGGGGAGAAACCAUAUAAAUGCACUGAAUGUGGGAAGAGUUUCCAUGGAAAUGGGUCCCUUCGUUCCCAUAAACUGAUUCAUGCAGGGGAGAAACCAUAUAAAUGCACAGAGUGUGGAAAGAGCUUCAGUCAUAAUAACUCCCUUCGUUCCCAUAAAAAGAUUCACACAGGUGAGAAACUAUAUAACUGCAUGGAGUGUGGAAAGAGCUUUACUCAUAGCAGUCAUCUUACUUCUCAUAAAAGGAUCCACACAGGGGAGAAACCGUAUAAAUGCACAGAGUGUGGGAAAAGCUUCAUUCAGAUCAGUUCCCUUACUUCCCAUAAAAAGAUUCAUACAUGUGAAAAGCCAUAUAAUCCAUAAAGUGGGGAAGGGUUUCAGCUGAAUUCCAUAUAAAGAUCCACUCAUCAUGUACUUGAUUGUAUUUAUCCAUACCCUACCUUCAAGUUCUCAGCUAUAGAACUAUGCUUUCUCUGAUUCUUGAAUUCUCAGGACCCGUGUUUUAGCUUAGAAGGAGCAGCCAAAUAAAGUAUUAAUAUCUUUUUUUCCAAUAAUGUUAUUAAAGAUGAUAUAAAACAGAUAAAACUAAUACAAAAACCUAAUACAACAACGCAUUAAAAUGUUAAGGAAGUGCAGAAGAAAAAUACCUCUCCCCAAAAAAGAUAAGAAGAAACUUCCCCCUUCAUCUCCAGCAAGUAUAUUCAACAUUAGCAAUUUAUCGCUGUCCCUUAAAAUACUACCAAAUACAUCUUCCUUCCAUAUUUCACCCCCUUUUCUAUAGACCCAUCUCUAAAUCCUCAGCUCUCCUUAUUAAUCAACAGAAGAUGUAAAAAUUAAGAGACAUAACUGACAACAUAAGCAUUUAGUCCCCCUUUCCAUUUAAACAUAAUCCCCCUAAUCCCUCUCUUAAUAAUCAAAAUCUAAUCCAAAUUAGCUAUUAGACAUUACCAAAAGAUAAAAAAUAAUCAUUAAUCAUCACCAGAUAUAGCAACCCAUCAUUAAUCUCAAUUAACAAUUAAACAUCAUAAAACAUUACAAAAUACAUUACCAGAAAUAAUAAUCCCUUAUUUAUAUACCACAAAUAGUAACAGAUGUUACAAACUAAUCCAUUACACUCAAUUGAACAUUUCCAAAAAAGAUCUAUCUAGUCAAAGUAACCAUUAAAGAUCACC